AUGGCUAUUCAACGUCUAGUAGCUAGAGAUGAUCAGUCCAAUGCCCUCGCCAUCGGCCGUCAACUUCGCCGCGACAUGACACCCGACGAAUGCUAUCAAUGCGAAUCCGCCUAUCAAUACGUACGACAAAUGCAACGAAACGAAAAGCUUUGCGCAGGCGAUGCCUUUCACGACUUAUAUUCGAUCUGCGUAGGAUGCAUCGAAGAUAAUAUCGACUCAGGAAGUCCAAGAGACUAUGUUGAACCAAACUUAGGCCGAUACGUCGACUAUUGUGCGCAGUUCACUUCCCUCACCAAAUGGGCUGCGAUGGGAGCUAGUUCGGCGACUUCGGCUACUAUUCAGACUCGGAGUACAACCGCCACUUCGGCUGCGGAAACAGGUGGUGGACGCACGAGUGACACGAAAAUUACAGAUAGAACUGUAGAGCAGACAGAGACAUCGGCACCUGUUUCUAGCACCAACAGUCGGUUUGAACGACCCCAAUUUGAUGAAUAG